GCCGUGCUCGGAAGCUGCACUGAGACCCACAGCAGAAGGGGAGGGUGUGCCUUGGCUGGGAGCUGCCCGGCUGUCAGGAAUCACCUGCGGCUGAAUUGAGUCUCGGAUGGGAAGUAGGAAGUGCUGUGCUCAAGCUUCCUGUACAAAUAAAUGCAGCUUUCCCACAGCCGCUGCAUGCGGGCUGUGACGCGCGUGUAGGAUAUCAUGGCAGCGUGCACUUAAUAGCAGGGAGGGGAUGAUUUCUCGGAGAGGCACAGGGGCUGGGAGACGAGCCCUGCUACAGCCCUAAAAAGUGUUCGGCUGUCAGACAGCCAGGGACGAGGACGGGCGUGUGGGAGCCAGCGAGCUCCGGGGCUCUGUGACACCGCGGCUCUUGGAAUGCCCGGCUCCUGUGCAGCCCCUGAAAAGUCACACAGCCGGCAGUGAGCGCUGCUCUCCCUUCAAGCAGAGACAGCUAGCCAAGUUAUCAACCCAUUUGACCUCCCAAAAGGCUGAGUUGCACCAUUAAUGACUGAAUGGGCUCUGCUGAGAAGGCUUGUCCUCACACCAUGACAGCUGAUGAGUCAGAAGCUGGAGAGUUAGCUCUGGAGCCUCUCUUCACGUGCAAGCUAUGUCUCUGUGAAUAUUCCCUGGAUAAGAUGACCACUCUUCAGGAAUGCAGCUGCGUCUUUUGUACUGCGUGUCUAAAACUGUACCUGGAGCUGGCAAUUCAAGAAGGUUGUGGUUCCCCUAUCACAUGUCCAGACAUGGUAUGCUUGAACCAUGGGAUCAUACAAGAAUCAGAGAUUGCCUCUUUGGUUCCUGUUGACCAGUUUGAGUUAUACAAGAGGUUGAAGUUUGAACGAGAAGUCCACUUGGACCCCCAGAGAACAUGGUGCCCCACAGCCGACUGCCAAACAGUGUGCCACAUCACACCAAGCGAGUCGGGAGCACCAGUGCCAGUGGAGUGCCCUGCCUGCCACCUGAUCUUCUGCUCCUUCUGCAAGGAGCCAUGGCACGGGCAGCACCAGUGCCAGGAAAAGCAAACAACCCCGGUACCGACCGAGCAGGGAUUCCUUAUUGGAGCAGAGACUGAGGCAUCAAUUAAGCAAUGCCCAGUUUGUCGAAUUUAUAUUGAGCGAAAUGAGGGCUGUGCUCAGAUGAUGUGCAAGAACUGCAAGCACACAUUUUGCUGGUAUUGUCUACAGAACUUGGAUAAUGAUAUUUUCUUACGGCAUUACGACAGAGGCCCUUGCAGAAACAAGCUGGGCCACUCACGGGCUUCAGUGAUGUGGAACAGAACACAGGUUGUGGGGAUCCUCGUUGGACUAGGUAUCAUAGCGUUGGUGACCUCCCCCUUGCUGCUUGUGGCAUCUCCGUGCAUCAUCUGUUGCAUUUGCAAAUCUUGCCGGAGCAAAAAGAAAAAACCCAACCUGACGACAAUCUAAAACUCUGUGUCUGUUUGAGUCUCCAUCUGUACAGCAUAUGUAUGUGAGAAAGCACAAUGGUUGUGUUUUGGUGCCAUACCUACCAAAUAAUGCUCCCUUUUUUUUGCCAGUUCUUGGGAUAAGUGCCUAUUCUUCACAGGCUACUCUGUCACUAACAAGUCCAAAUUAUUGUGCAGUACAUACAGUGUAGGUUUUUGCUUCCUGAACAGGAAAACAGGACACCAUUCAGUCCAUAUGAUCUACCAUUCAAGACUGAUAGAACAUUCCCAUGUUCCAGCAGCUGCACAUGACUUGAUCCUGCUGCAUCACUCUGUCUUUGCAGCUUCAGUCAUUACUGUCGUGCUUGCUGUUGGUUCUUGGUGACACUCAGAUUUCUCAGAAAGUUUUGGGUCUUUUGUGAAAGAGGGAGAGGGAAAAGCCUGAUUGGGUUCUUCUGUCUGAUAGCUUGUGUCCAGUUAAACGUAACAAACCAUUGCGAAAAUUUGUUGGGUAGUUUCCUGUCAAUUGGCUGCCAUGGCAUUUCUUUCAACAUUGAAAUCCAUUUGAUUUUUAUCAUUUAUCUCAACUACAGGAGUAAAAAACCCAACAAAACUGUAUUUAAGAUAGGGUUCUCUUUUGUGAGUCUGGACUACCUUGAGAAAGCUGCUAUUUUUUUUUCACAUCAAACAUGACAUAUCUACCAUGAAAUAUUAGGAAUAUGCAUAUUUCCCAAUCAUUGGGCAUGCCUUUUGUCAAUACCAUGGGUGUAGCAAACUUCACAGUGAAGGUAAUAUUGUAAGAAAGACUGUGAUACAGUUCCCAUUUUGUGCAGAGCGUUGGGAUCUUGGUUGGGUGUGUGCAAAGUGGCAGCAUGGGCGCAGAUAUACCAAGUACCUAUGGGCAAUCAGUGUAUUUUUUUCAACAGUUUACAUGGGGUGGCAGCAAGAACCCUGUUAAAAAGUUAUUGAAACCAGACUAAGCCAAGCCCUCCUUCAAAACCUUGUGGACCUGCUGAAGGGAAUACUUGAGAAAUGCUGUGUAAAUGUGACCUCAGUCCAUUGGUGGGUAUUUCUUUUGGCCUGCUCAAGGUUAACAAACUCUGUUACUGAUAUUUUUUAGUUACUCUAAAUCUGGAAGGCUGUCAGUUAAUAAGUGCUUCAUUUUAAUUUGGUGCCUCACCACCAAACCAAUUCAAUCCCUGAUAUCAGUUACACCUGUAUAAAUUCACUGAAAGCUCACUGAAGAGCUGGAAUUACUGCAGCUCUUCAGUCAGGAGUAGCUGAGAUCAGACUCUACUCCCUGGAGUUUAUUUCCUUAAUGGAUGGUGCUCCUCAUAAGCGGGGCCGGUGCUGCUUUUGUUCUGGACUCCCGUCUGUGCAUUCUAUAUCUGUGGGAAGAGAUUCAAGUUUGCACUGUAUAAUUGGUUGUAAUUCCAAACCCCUUUCCAUAAGGGCUGCAAGGUUUGAAGGAGAUGCUCAGCCCGAGUGUGGUGUCGGCUGCUCCUCUCCGAGCACACAGCGCGGGGCACUGGGGAGUGCUGCGAGGCUGCUGUGAGUGCUGCCUGUGCGGGGUGUUUGGCCGAGCCUCAGGAACUUUGCCUCCUUGGCAGCUGUAAAUGUGACCUUUUUUCUGUUUAACUUCGCUCUCUGGUUACUGUAACAAAAGUGGCAGGAUUUCUUCUUUUGAGAAAUGUAGUCUGUUGAGCAGACUAGCAAGGACAGAGGCCUUAAAUGAUACUGUUUUACUUUUUAAUUGAUUUCUUUUAUAAAUACUGUCUGACUUUGCUACCAGUGAUGGCUGGAGGGCAGGCAGUGCUCGCCAGUGUGAAAGGCUGUAUUUAUUCUUUAUCCUCAGCUUUGAAGGGAAGCAGAACGGUAGACAGUACAUUCUAAAUACAGAGUGCAAUGCAGGCAACUGCCAUUUAUAAUAAAUAAAGAAUGUUUUCUGUAUGUGUUUUCUUGAAGAGCACUAAUGGUAGUGCUUUGGGGUACUUGUGACAGAUUAAAGUGUCCAGCCCUUGGCUUUGCACUAUUUUUCUACCUACGUUUUUAUGGCACUACUGUCAUUUCCAUUUUAUUUAUGAACUUGAAGUUGCAAGUCUUACUUUAACAAAGCCUCAAGGACAAAGAUGUAGGAGCUGUACAGUCUCUUUAACCAUAACCAGCAUUGCAAUGUACCAAUAUCCUUUGCAUGUUAAAAUUUGAGCGUUUUUCAUGUUUUGUGAUCUUACCCAUGACUAAUGCAUCUUAUGCUAGUCCUGUUUCUUUCCUUGUCCUCUUCCUCCUUCUGUUUGCCUGUUUUUGCUACAAUGCCUGUUGUAACGAGGGUGGCAGAUCUUUUUUUCAUUAAUACUGUUGUGUUAAUGAAACUGUCAGGUUCUCCCUCUGCUAAAGAAAUGCAGCUGAAGGCAGCUCUCUUGCACCAGUUUAAGUGCCUGGUGGGCGUACCAAAACUGAUAUAAAUUAAUCAUGCAGAAGUUAACACAGCCUGGCAGUCUCAGCACCAAUCCAGACAUCUAAGAAAUCUAGAUGUGGAUUGGUAGCCCAGGCUUUUGCUGGAAGUCUUUACACAAAAACUGGAUAAGGAGAACAUGAGCUACAGGCACCCUUCCUUUGGUUGUGUAGGUGCAGCAAAUGGACCAAGAAAGAAGCUCUAGACAUCUUAAGAGCUUAAAAUUAAAGCUUUACAACAAUGAUUUUUUUUUAAAAGGCUGUGUUCAGUGUUCCAUGUGUCCUGGCUUUUCAUUGCAUGGGAAUACUUGAGCAUGUGCAUUAAGUAGACCCCGGCCUGGCUGAGUCAAGCCUUACCUGCACUGAAGUGCUAGGAGCAGGAAAGCCCUGUUGCUUUGUUUUCCAGAAGGCAGCUAUUUUGCACCAACUGGCUAUGCUCACAGAGCUUCCAGAGAAACAUUUUUGCAGGAAUCUUUUUACAGUGUUGGCUUUUGCUUUUGUGUUGCUUUGGUUUGUUUUUUAAUUUUGUAAGAAACAUUAAAGUCACUUUAUAAAAGAUUUAUUGAAAGCAUGACAAAUAAUACUAGUAAUAAUUAUGGAGAAUGAAAAAAGACAGGACUUGGACUA